AUAUGUAAUGUAAACCCUAGGCAUUCAUAACAUACACCUCAGCGCGAUCCAAUCAAACGUGCGCUUAAUCUCCGCCGCUAACAUACACUGCCAAUGUAAGGUUUAAUCGCUCACUCGUCGCCGACAUUAUCGAAAGCUUAAUUUCUUGAUUCAUUCACGCUUUCAUCUUUUAUUUGUGCGUGAGAUUGUGCUGCAAAAUCUAUAUCGAAAUCCACAAACUUCUUUUUAGAGAAUUUAUGUGUUUUUGAGGUGCAAGAGAGGUGUUUGGAGCUCGAUUUAUAUAUGGCGGAAACGGCGACGACGAUGAUCAGUUCGAAUGGGGUGGGCAGGACUGAACCGGAGUUCGAUUCGGUGGCGUUGUUCCAUAGGAGGAUUGAGUUCCAUCAAGCUCAGAAGCAUUUCAAUGGUUUUGUAAACGAGAGCAGCAAUGGGUUUAAGCUGGUGAAGCUGAACUCGGUCAAGGCUUCCGGUUUCGCCCCUAAAAACGAAAAAUCAUUGGAGCAUUCUGAUGUCGGGAUGGAUCCUGAGCUCAGCUUCGAGAUUACAUUUCGCAGAAUUGGUGCAGGUUUGCGUAACCUUGGAAACACUUGUUUCCUUAAUUCGGUACUGCAAUGCCUGACAUAUACUGCACCAUUAGCUGCCUAUCUUCAAAGUGGAAAGCAUCAAAAUUCUUGUCGUACUGCCGGGUUUUGUGCAUUAUGUGCCAUCCAGGAACAUGUCAGUCGAGCUCUGCAGUCAAGCGGGAGGAUUCUAGAGCCUAAGGAUCUUGUGUCGAACUUGAGAUGCAUAUCUCGGAGCUUUCGCAAUGCCAGGCAAGAAGAUGCUCAUGAGUUUAUGGUGAAUCUGCUCGAAUCAAUGCAUAAGUGCUGCUUACCAUGUGGAGUGCCAAGUGAAUCUCCUAGUGCUUACGAGAAAAGCUUGGUCCACAAGAUAUUUGGUGGUCGAUUGCGAAGUCAGGUGAAAUGCAUGCAGUGCUCGUACUGCUCUAACAAAUUUGAUCCAUUCUUGGAUCUAAGUCUAGAAAUACAGAAAGCAGACUCAUUGUAUAAGGCACUUGCUCAUUUCACCGCCAAAGAGCAGUUAGAUGGAGGUGCCAGGGAAUAUCAGUGUGAUCAAUGUAAACAGAAAGUAAAGGCUUCGAAGCAGCUAACAGUACACAAGGCACCUCAAGUACUCGCUGUUCACCUGAAGCGUUUCAGUUCGCAUUCUCCUGGCCAAAAAGUUGAUAAAAGAGUUGCUUUUGAACCUACCUUGGACUUGAAACCUUUUGUCACUGGCCCCUAUGAUGGGGAUCUGAAAUACACUCUCUAUGGAGUUCUUGUUCAUUAUGGUUGGAGCACUCAUUCCGGCCAUUAUUACUGUUUUGUUCGCACAUCGAGUGGCAUGUGGUAUUCCCUUGAUGACAAUCAGGUUGUCCAAGUUAAUGAGAGGAAAGUUCUGGAACAGAAGGCCUAUAUGUUGUUCUAUGUUCGUGAUAGAAAAAACGUUGGCUCGAAGAAUCAUGUUAAUGCCCUUCAGAAAGAUAACAUGGUGAUGAAUGCCAUCGGAAAUGCUGCAUAUUCAAAAUUGAACUUGGAAUUGAAAGAGAAAAUCCAAAACGGUUCAGAUAAGAGAAAGUUAAAUGGCGCUGCAGCUUUAUCCGGGAGGGCUGCACCGGUGACUGCUCUACCAAAUGAGGCUCCUUCGGAAAAUAUGUCCUCAAACAUUAAUGGCAAAUUGACAGCUGAGAAUUUGGACCUUGGAAGAAAUGCCAAGUGUGAAUCGAUGGUGCCACCGACAAAGGCUCCACUGAAGGAAUAUUCUUCGAUGGAAUUAAAUUCAAGCGUUAAUGGCUCUGGCGGUACUUCAAAUGGAGGUCAUGUUGCAACAGAUACCUGCCACAACACGUCGGGUGUUGUAGAAGAGCAGAGUACAAACACAGUUUUAUUGUCCGACAGUAGGCCUCAAGUUUCAAUGUAUAAGAAAGAAACAAGUAGCUCUAUUGCCAUGCCAUCGGGCUGCAAGGAUAGUGACGAGGACAAACCUUGUGAAUCAGCUGAGAAGGCUCCUGACAGUGCUGUGCUCAGCAGAUUAUCUCGAGACCAAUGCAAAAUGGUUGGCCCCAUUUCUGAAAUGAAUGCUAGCGGAAGCAGAAUGCCCACGGGAGCAAUUGGUGAACUAGGGAAAAGCAUUCGAGACGAGCAGGCACCAAAGAAGGCUGUCGGUCCAAAUACUGAGGUAACUGUUGAAAAUGGGCAAAGAAUCAAUGUGCAGUCGAAAGAGCCUCUCAGACUUGGGAUAACUAAGAAGAAAAGGCAAGACCUUAAAGUAAAAAGGAAGCUCUUGAAGUAUCAGGCAGUCACCACAUCACUCAGCUCUAACCUUAUAUUAGGUGGGGGCCUCUGCUUACGAAAGAAAAAGCACAAGCAGAAACUGAUGAGAAAGCAAAGUUCUAUGCUUAAGAAGUCUCCCGAUACGAAGGAUAUGUUAAGUGAGAAUGGGUUACCAUCAAAGCUAGGACAAUCGACAUCUAAAGAAUCAUUUCCUCAAGCUGUUGUUGACAAAUCUACUUGCUCUCGGGAAAAGAAAGCCAAAUUUGUUUCAGAUGGUGAUAGUAGUAGCAUAUCAGGUGAUGCUAUUGAUAAAGACUUUAGAAAGAGGAUUCUUCUCGAUGGCUCCACAGUUUCUGCUGAAAAGCAACCUGACAUAAGGCAAUUGACUGCUCAAGGAGCGGGGAUGUCUGCAGAGCACCAAAGAGAGUUGAGGCAAAAUGAUGUCAUGAACAUGCUUACCAGGGGCUUAGAAGAGACAACCGUUGGUCGUUGGGAUGACAUUGGUGUUUCACUAUCUACUAAAUAUAAGACAAGAGCAUCAGGAGCUGCUGGCCAAAUCGGUUAUAUUGGGGAUGAGUGGGAUGAGGAGUACGACAGAGGAAAGAGGAAGAAGGUAAGGGUCCCCGUUGUUAGCUUCGAUGGACCAAACUUAUUCCAAGAAAUUGCAAACAAAAGAUCGAAAACAAAGAGAGCAAAGCUCGACAGAUCCAGAGAUGGGAACCAGCCAUUUAGGAUAUGAUGAUGAUUAUGGUGGUGGUGGAGCAUUUGGGGGGUGUCUAAACAUUCCAUGGGAGAGAAGCUUACAUUUUCUGUCUACUCGUAACGCGGUUACUGCAAUUUUGGCUGUUGAGAUGGUGUCACAAGGCUUUGGAAGACCAGAAUUCUGUAAUUUUUCCUUGUGUUUCUGUUCAUAAUUAUGGAUUUACUGUGGGUGGUGUAUUUAUUUCCUGCUUUCAGCUUCAUUUUGAGAAGAAGCUGAAAGAGGGUAUAGGGUGAGAGCGAAAUUGUAUUAGCUUAAUAACAUGUUUAAGUGACAUCUUCAAGCUGCCCAUUUACUUAUACAAAGUUACAAUUGCAUAAA